UUAACUAAUCCUCACGCCAUUUAUCUUCUUCUUUUUUCUUUUUUGUUCACAAUAAUAAUCCAAAACUGCCGUCUGCCACCAGCCUUCUCCCUUAUUUAUAAAAAAACUGUUUCACAACUCAUGGGAACGAAACCCAAAAAAAGAAAAAGAAAACUGAAAAACUAUUGGGAAUAGAACAGUAGUGGUAGAGCCAUGACUUUCCUUCCCGUCCACGCUAUUGUGAAUCUACGAAUGCUAUUUCUGUUGAUCGGAGCAUGUUGUAUUCUGGUUGGAGUCAACGGUGGAUGGGAUGAGGAAGUAGGAUUACUGAGAAGAGGACGCGGCGGCGCAGGAGGAGGAUAUCAGCGAGAGUUCGAUUACUUCAAGCUAUCUCUCCAAUGGCCAGGCACGUAUUGCCGAAGAACUCGCCGUUGUUGUUCUUCCAACGCCUGUUGCAGCCGCUCGAACUCGCCACCUGUAUUCACAAUUCAUGGACUUUGGACAGAGUACAAUGAUGGAACUUGGCCUGCCUGCUGUUCCGGUAAAGCAUUUGAUGAGAGAGAGAUUUCAACACUGCUCGAGCCCUUGAGGAAGUAUUGGCCUUCUUUAAGUUGUGGUUCCCCCAGAUCUUGCCAUCACAGAAAAGGAUCAUUCUGGGCACAUGAGUGGGAAAAACAUGGGACAUGUGCUUAUCCAGUUGUCCAUGAUGAAUAUGAGUUCUUUUUGACUACGUUGAAUGUUUACUUCAAGUAUAAUGUUACAGAAGUUCUGCUUGAAGCUGGAUAUGUACCAUCAGAUUCCGAUAAGUAUCCAUUAGGAGGCAUCAUUUCAUCAAUUGAAAAUGCUUUCCAUGCAACCCCAGAGUUAACAUGCUCAGGCGAUGCCCUGGAGGAACUUCGUAUAUGCUUCUAUAAGAAUUUUGAGCCUCGUGACUGUGCACGUGAUACUAGCACCUUAUCAAGAGGGUCAUGUCCUCAGUAUGUCAGCUUGCCAGCCCAAGGAUCAUGGGAGAUUAGAAGCAGCAAUACAACAGCAGCUUCUUAGUCUACAGAAUAGUCUCUGGUUGGUUCAGCUAAUUUGACAAGGAUUCCAAAUGACCUUGGUUUGUUACUCUGCGGUGAAGCUUAGUGACAAUACAAGUUUCUGCUUGGGAUAGAUUAAUACUUUAAAACAUGCAAUUGUACAAGUGGAUGAAUAAUAUUUGCUUGUUAACUUUCCAGUCUAUAAUCAAUGUAACUUUAAGCAGAUUAAUAUGUUCCCUUUUAUGCUAUUCCAGUUUACUAAAAUAACUUUUCUACAUGGUUUA